GUUUCGCCUUGGGACACAUCACACGUUGGCUCCUCCUGUUGGUUCGAACCUUUUGUAAUUUUCCUUCUUUGUAUUUUCCUUUUCACUCCCUCCUCUCGAGCACGCUUCAUACGCUUUGCUCGCGCGUAUACUCGUUCUCGUUCUUAGAUUCUCGAAGAAGAGCUCUGCAUAUAAUGGUGGGGCUCUCGGAGGGGGAGAAGCAUUUCAUUCGCGGCGGGAUCGCGCAAGACCUUCGAUCGGACGGCCGUAAGAGGCUUCAGUUCCGGUCUAUCUCCGUCGAGACCGGAGUCAUCCCGCAGGCAAAUGGUUCGGCUCGUGUUAGGUUGGGUGCGACGGACGUCAUAGCUAGCAUUAAGGCUGAACUUGGGAAGCCAAGCAUUCUCCGACCUGACAAAGGAAAAGUGUCUAUAUUUGUUGAUUGCAGCCCUACAGCAGCUCCUAUGUUUGAGGGCCGAGGUGGUGAAGAGUUAUCAAAUGACCUCUCUGUUGCACUUCAGAGAUGCUUACUUGGUGGUACGAGCGGGGCAGGGGCUGGAAUUGAUCUCUCCUCUCUGAUUAUCGUUGACGGUAAAGUUUGCUGGGAUCUUUAUAUUGAUGGACUUGUCAUCAGUUCAGAUGGUAAUUUACUGGAUGCGUUAGCUGCUGCUAUUAAGGUUGCCUUAAGCAAUACUGGAAUACCAAAAGUUAGUGUUCUUGGUGCCUCAUCCGAUGAGCAACCAGAUGUUGAUGUCAGUGAUGAAGAGUUUCUACAGUUUGACACUUCUGGAGUUCCAGUUAUAGUAACUUUAACCAAAGUUGGCAGGCACUAUAUAGUAGAUGCUACAUCAGAAGAGGAAUCUCAAAUGAGCUCUGCUAUUUCGGUCUCGGUGAAUAGGCGGGGGCAAAUAUGCGGGCUAACCAAACGUGGAGGCGCAGGAUUGGACCCAAGCGUCGUUCUUGACAUGAUAUCUGUAGCGAACAGCGUAAGCCAACAACUAAUAACCGUAUUAGAUUCAGAGAUCGCAGCCGCUGAAGCAUCCGAGGAAUGAGUGAGAUUUUAUCUGCUUUUACUAACAAGGAUGCGAAUACUUGUUGUAGACAUUAUUGUGAGAUCUAGUGAAUUGGAAGUGGUAAUGCAUUAAUGCUCUCCCAGAGAACAAUCCAAUGCCAAGUAUUUAGUUCUAUGGGAGAUGUGAUUAGCUUAGUGGGUCACUUGAUAAAUACUUUGCUUGCUUGCAAAUUGCAAUGGAUAACUUAACCUCAGAAGCAUCAUAAAUUCUUUUCUGAA